AUGGUUUUUCGAAAAAAAAGUAAUUCGCCAUCAUGGUGGUAUAUCAUCACUGCUAUCUAUCUCAUUAUCAUCUACUAUCUUCACAUGGACAUUUCACACCUCGAUUUGAACGGCUUACCUUAUGAUUGUAGUCCCCUAAUUCCAUUGAACCAUCUGGUGAUGUUCAUAUUAAGAUUGAGUGAUAUAGUCUUUCUUGUCUGUAUCGAGAAACUUUCCGAUUUCGAUCGAUGCGUUUCAUUUACUAGUGGGUUUAUAUGA